AUGAUAUCUAAGCCGUCGGUGGAACGGGAACAGAAGGGGACCGUACCCCGUCGCGAUCUUUCCCCGCGACGAAGUUCGCGCUCUUCGCAGAAUCUCGAACGAACGUCACUGAUUGACGACAACGGCUAUCUGCACUAUCGUGCAUUGCCAUCUCCACCCCCGAAAGCCAAUAAGUUUUCCCGGGGCCAAGGGCCGAUGCAGGAAGACAGUGAAGAACUGGAGGUUGAAGACUUCCAUGAUAGCGGUUUCUCCGAAGGGACAAAUUUUUCAGACGGCUGGUCAAUUCGACACCACCUAUCACCAUCUAGGUCGAGGAUCGACCGAUCCUUCAAAGAGACGAACGAAUAUUGGGAUUCUUUUUCUCGUUGCUUGGAACUGGACGACGAUAGAGGGAUGACGAGUAGUCCUUCACCUCGGCAUCGACAACUAGAAAUCGACAGCUCAGAAACUGGCGACGAGACACCUCAUCCUGAUUUCCCAGCAUGCGUCAUACUAGGUCCUGCAAGAGCUCAUCGACCUCACGAUCGAGUCACUGGCAUGCGCGAUGCAUCCUCAGUAUAUGGAAGGCUCUUUGAACGAGAAGAUCCAUGGGCAACCAUCGGAGAGAUUCUCCGCCUUCCAGACAUCGUAAACACAUUUCCGGGGUCCACAAGCACAAACAUCUCUCAAAGUAUUGUCGGUGAAAAUACAAAACCUGAAUGUGCAAGUGUCGUUCCGGAGGAUCCUGUCGAAGAUCGCUAUGCGCUGAAUAGUGGGUCUCCACAAGUUGCAGACCUCUUGAGCGACUGCUCAAUGGGAGUGGAGCUGAUAGCCUCUGAGGCCGUCGACGAAGAGGCCUGCGGAUACAUCGAUGAUUCUUACGACCCAACAUUCAUCGAUUUAUUUGAAGCAGUAGCCGGGUCGGAACUAGCAGAGCAACAACCAUCGAGGAAGGAAGAGAGUCUCGAGGAAGAGAUCGACAGAAUACUAGGAUUAGAAGAAGGUGCUGACGCUGACGAGCCCCUGGGACUCGUACUGGGAGUCACUCUUGGCCGAAGGGACAAUAAGCCUCAAGACGUUAAUGUUUGGAGAAAUGCCAUUGAAACCGAGCUAACCGGGUUGCCCACUGUUGCGACCAAGGAACCAGAGAACCAAGUUGACCAACGAGCUAAGUCCGCCUCGCCGCAGCUUGUUAAAAAAUCGGAUGCUGGGAUUUCAAACGAGCCGCAUGAGUCAGAUAACGGCUCUGACCUUCAUGCAAUUCCGGAUUUGCGGGAGGAAAAUGGACGCUUCCUUGGACCUUCUCUGUUCUGUAAUUUCGAGAUAGAUGGAUCAGAUGAAGACUGUUAG